AUGUCAUUCUACAAGAUUGAAAUGAUCUCCAAGAUAUCUUUGACUGCUUUUGGUUUCUUAUUUCUGCACAGUCUCAUUCAAGCAGCGCCUAUCGAACCAAUUAAAGAGGUCAUUCCAACACCUAAGAAGACUCCAUUAGAGUCUAUAAUUACUUCUCAAUCCAGUGCAGCAUCUGCCAGCAGUGAUGCCAAGAAAAAAUUGAAUAAAAGAAGCAAUGUAGAAGCCAUUAUUCCAUUUGAUGAGUUUACCGACGAUGAUAGCAGUGAAGAACGUGAUAUCGAAAUUAAACAUAAAUUACAUCCAAAAAUGAAAGAAACAACUGAAAAAAUCCAUGACAACGUUCAACAACCACUAGACAACGAUGAUUUCGACGGGUUUACCGAGAUGAAAAUGAAGCCGAGCGAACUGACAAAUCUAGCAGAUCAGCGUCGCCGCCGCCGUCAUGUUAGUUCAAAUGAUCAAGCAAAUCAAAGACACAAACGAGCUUUAUCAUCAUACGAACUAUAUGACGUUGAUCCGUUGUAUGCAUCGGCUCUUGAGCAAUAUCAAUUUGUCCGUCCGACACGUUCUUUUUCACCAAUUUAUUGGUACCCGUCCUCAUACGAACGAAGUAUUCGUUCAGCGUUGGCUUCAUCUCUUUUCGAUCGACCCGAAUGGAGUAGAAUUAUCGUAGACGAUAUCGACGAAAACGAAGAUAUGUUUUUGAACAAUGACGAUGAAUACGAACGUUAUCCGAUUCCAUUCGAUGCGUCUGAUAAUCCAUAUGAUAGUUUCGACUUAACGCAAGAAUACAAUAUGGAUGAUGAUGAUGAUGAUGACAAUGGUAGUAACGAUUAUAAUGACGAAGAAAUUUAUCCGCUUCGGUACAAGCCCAUCCAUGGUUAUUUGAAAAAAUGA